UUGCUUCCUGUGUCGAAAGCGGUAGAAGUAUGUUAGUCAGCGACUGUAGACUUUAGUGAGAAGGAAGAAGAUGGCGUCAAGUGGUGGUAUUGGAGAGAUGGACUGGGUUAAUGCUGUCAGACCGCUUUUAUCAUCUUCAUAUGUAGCCUUUGAGAUCAAGGAACUACCAACCCUCAUCGGUGCUGUUAUAAAAUGUGAAUCUGAAAUUUUGAAUCAUGACAAGCAGUUGGAACCAUUUUAUUCAUCCUUUGUAGCUCUGACAGCACAUUAUGUCACCACUGUAUGUGGCCAGAUUCCCAGGAGCCAGUUGCUUUCAGUUGGAGCAGCAUGCAAAGUCUUGAUAGAAUUUUCAUUGAUGAGAUUGGAGAAUCCAGAUGAAGCAUGUGCUGUGUCUCAGAAACAUCUUAUCUUGCUAGUAAAAGGUUUAUGUACAGGCACCAGUCGACUUGACAGAACUGAGAUUAUUACAUUCACAGCAAUGAUGAAGUCUGCAAAACUCCCUCAGACCUUGCAGACGCUAUCUGAUGUUGAAGAUCAGAAGGAGCUGACAUCUCCCAUAAAUCCUGAAGUACGACAGAAGGAAGUGCAGAUGAACUUUUUCAACCAGCUGACAUGUGUUUUUAACCCUGAUGUGACUGUUAGGGUAUCUGCAGGGCUGCAGGCUCAGGGGGAAGCAGAAAGUGAUGAACAGUCAUCCAAUGAUCAGGCCUCAACAACGAGAAUGAAGACUGCCUUCAGAGCACAAAAUAUUGCCAGCCUACAGGAACUUGGAGGUUCAGAGAAACUGCUACGUGUGUGCUUGAAUCUUCCUUACUUCUUGCGUUACAUAAAUCGAUUCCAAGAUGCAGUAUCUGCAAGUUCAUUUUUCAUCAUGCCCGCAACAGUAGCGGAUGCUACAGCUGUCCGCAAUGGGUUUCAUUCACUGGUGAUUGAUGUUACCAUGGCAUUGGAUACUCUCUCGUUGCCAAUACUUGAACCUCUGACCGCAGAUCGUUUACAGGAUGUGACUGUUUUUGCCCUGAGCUGUCUCUAUGCAGGUGUGAGUGUAGCAACCUGCAUGGCCAUCUUGCAUGUAGGCAGUAACCUGCAAGUCCGGACUGCUUCCACAAGCUCCAAGGAAGAAGAUUAUGAAAACGAUGCUGCCACCAUUGUGCAGAAAUGUGUAAGUUUCUUUAAAAAUACACUGUUGGAAAGCUAUGAUGAUAGUGAGCCCAUUCUUGGUCAGUGGUUUGAAGAAACUAUAUCUCCAAGUAAAGAAAAAACUGCACCACCACCUCCCCCUCCGCCUCCACCUCUAGAAAGCUCCCCACGAACGAAGAGUCCCAGCAAGCAAAGUGCUACAGAGAAUGGAAAUAUACUGGCUAGUCGCAAGGACCCUGAACUGUUUAUGAACUUGGCCAGCAGUAUUUUGAACUUCAUUACGUCCUCAAUGCUGAAUUCCCGAAAUAACUAUAUACGGAAUUAUUUAAGUGUCUCAUUGACAGAGCAGCAUAUGGCAACAAUUGCCAGCAUCAUUAAGGACGUGGAUAAGGAUGGUCUGAAAGGCUCAUCUGAUGAAGAAUUUGCUGUAGCACUCUACCAUUUUAAUCAUUCUCUAGUGACAUCUGACCUUCCAGCUCCCAAUUUACAGACAACUUUACUUCAGCAGUUGGGAGUCUCACCGUUGUCUGAUGGAGCAUGGCCCCUCUAUAUUCAUCCACAAAGCUUAUCAGUCCUUUCUCGUCUUUUGCUAAUUUGGCAGCACAAGGCUACUACGCAGGGGGAUCCUGAUGUUACAGAAUGUCUUCGCAUCUGGGAGAGGUGUAUCAAUACUCUGAAACAGGCAGCACUACAGGGGAAUUCUCCUGCUGAAACAGAAGACCUCAAUGUGGAACACGUACAGCUUCUACUUCUUAUUUUUCACAAUUUCUCUGAAAAGGGAAGAAGAUCCGUACUGGAUAUGUGUACCCAGGCAAUCAUAGAGGUGGCUGGACAGCUGGAAUCACAGUUGCGCUGUGCUCCUCUUACAUUAGCUAGACUUUUGCUGAUUUUUGACUACCUACUGCAUCAGUACUCCAAAGUGCCAGUUUAUCUGUUUGAACAGGUACAAUAUAAUUUGCUAUCUCCUCCAGUAAGUGGCACUGCCAGUUCUCAGGAGAAUGGACGUCGCAACAUGGUGGCUUUAUAUUAUGGUUUUAAAGAGGUGGAGGAGAACUGGGCAAAACACUGUCCUUCUGACUCUGUUGCACAACCCAAGUUUUACUUUGUUUUGUCUCCUGAAGCUUCUGAGGAUGAUAUGAACAGACUGGACAGCACGAUAAGGACAAUUCUUUUCAGCAAGAGUGAACAAUACAACCAGCUUUAUGCAGCACUGAUAUCACUCCUGGCUGCUGAUUCUCAUUUUGACAAUCAAAGACGUGAAGAAAACAAGACCAUUGUUCCAUUGGAGGCUUGUUCCCUGCAGUACUGCUUUUUGCUUCUAUGGAGAAUACUUGGUAUUUUACCACCUUCAAAGAGCUAUAUUGAACAGUUGGCUAUGAACACAGCAGAAAUGAGUGAAUGUGACAUUCUUCACACAGUUCGCUGGUCGUCUCGCCUGCGUGUCUCCUUGUAUACCAGUUGGAUAAAGGAACAUCUCAUCAGUCAAGGAAUGCAGGCUGAUCAAGCUAAUUCCCUGGUUGAAAUGGCUGCCAGCAAAUGCAGUUCUGUGAAAUAUGAUGUUGAAUUGGCUGAAGAUUACAUUGCUAGGCAGAUUUCAUCUUUCUGUGGAAUUGACUCCAGUGCAAUUCUGCCACUGCAGCGUGUACCAAACCUGCAUACUGUCUAUACUCUAGAUGCCGUCAUCUCUAAAGUGCAGGUCUCCUUGGAUGAGCACUUCACAAAGAUGGCAGCUGAAACAGACCCACAUAAAUCUUCAGAGAUAACAAAAAACCUUCUUCCAGCAACGUUACAAUUAAUUGAUGCCUACAUUGCCUUUACUAGAUCCUAUUUGUUGAGGAGCUUGACAGAGGAAGGCAGUACAGAUAAUCGACCAUCAGAAGAGAAGCUGCAAGGUUAUGCAGCUGUUUUAGCCAUUGGAUCAACUCGUUGCAAGUCCAGUAACCUUGGGCAGACUCUGAUGCAGAACCUUUCGACUUCUGUGCAGACCUUGUGUGAAACCUGGAACAACAUCCACACAAAUGAGUUUCCCAACAUUGGAUCUUGGCGAAAUGCCUUUGCGAAUGAUACAAUCCCAGCUGAGAGCUAUAUCAGUGCAGUGCAAGCUGCACACUUGGGAACACUCUGUAGCUCUAGCUUGCCUCUGGCUGCUUCUUUGAAACAUAUUCUACUUUCACUGGUUCGGUUGACUGGGGACUUGAUAGUCUGGUGUCCAGAUGAAUUAAAUCCGACCAUGGUUAUCAGUACUUUGCUUCCACUGUUGUUGGAGUCGAGCACAGAAAGUGUGGCGGAGAUCAGCAGUACCUCACUGGAAAGAAUUCUUGGUCCUUCUGAAUCAGAUGAGUUUUUAGCUCGUAUUUAUGAGAAGCUGAUCACUGGAUGCUAUGAUAUUUUAGCCAACUACUCUGAUCCUAACAGAGGAUUACAGGAAUCUCUACUUGAAGAAUGUUUGCAGUACUUGGAAAAACAGCUGGAGAGUACUCAAGCACGAAAGGCAAUGGAGCAGUUCUUCUCAGAAAGUGGAGAAUUGGUGCAAAUCAUGAUUGCAACAGCUAAUGAAAAUCUUUCUGCAAAAUUUUGUAACAGAGUCUUAAAAUUCUUCACAAAACUCUUUCAGCUUGCUGAGAAAAACCCUAAUCCCAGCAUUUUACGUCUUUGUGGAUCACUAGCACAGCUUGCAUGUGUAGAACCACCACGGCUUCAAGCAUGGCUUACCAGAAUGAUAUCAUCACCUCCAAAAGACUCUGACCAGCUAGAUAUUGUACAGGAGAACAGGCAGCUGCUUCAGCUGUUAACAUCAUACAUUGUUCGUGAAAACAGUCAAGUUGGAGAGGGAGUGUGUACAGUGCUGUUAAGUACUCUCAUUCCUAUGGCGACAGAGAUGCUUAAUAGUGGAGAUGGAGCAGGCUUCCCUGAACUGGUGGUGGUCAUGGCAACUCUUGCAAGUGCUGGUCAAGGAGCUGGACAUCUUCAGCUUCACCGAGCUGCAGUGGAAUGGUUGAGCAAAUGUAAGAAGUACCUGUCUCAGAAAAAUGUUGUUGAAAAAAUGAGUGCAAAUGUAACCCAAGGCAAGCACUCAGUCAUGUUGGACUGUACUUGUCAUAUUGUAUCCUACCUGGCUGAUGUUACAAAUGCUCUGUGCCAGAAUACUGGGCAGGGUACAUCUCAUUUGUUGGUUGAUGGUGAAGAACGAGCUAUUGAAGUUGAUUCUGACUGGAUGGAAGAACUGGCUGUAGAAGAUGAGGAUUCACAAGCCGAAGAUUCGGAUGAAGAUUCACUCUGCAAUAAACUCUGCACGUUUACAAUAACCCAGAAAGAAUUCAUGAACCAGCACUGGUAUCAUUGUCAUACAUGCAAAAUGGUGGAUGGAGUAGGAGUUUGCACUAUUUGUGCCAAGGUUUGUCACAAGGACCAUGAAAUUUCUUAUGCCAAGUAUGGAUCAUUCUUUUGUGACUGUGGAGCUAAAGAGGAUGGCAGCUGUCAGGCCCUUGUAAAGCGAAGUCCCAGUAGUGGAAUGAGUUCCACAAUGAAGGAAUCUGCAUUCCAGACUGAAACAAGAAUGCCUGAAAGUGCUUUGCGUCUUCCAGGAUCAUCUCUUACUGACAAGUCAAAAGUUGCUAUUUGUGAUGGGAAGAGCUCAGAUGAUGACAAGCUGAAGAAAACUAGCCUUUGCAAGAACAUUGAAGGUUGUCGAGAAGAGCUGCAGUCCCAAGUGGCUUCAUCCUCUUUUGCUCCUUUGUUGUUGGAAAUGCUAAAUUUCUUAAUGGAUGCCAUUCAGGUUAAUUUUCAGCAGGCCUCUGCUAUGGGCAGUAGCAGUCGAGCCCAGCAGGCACUGUCUGAAUUGCACACUGUGGACAAGACUGUAGAGAUGACAGACCAACUGAUGGUUCCAACUUUAGGCUCCCAGGAAGGUGCUUUUGAAAAUGUCCGAAUGAAUUACAGUGGAGAUCAAGGACAAACAAUCAGGCAGCUUAUCAGUGCUCAUGUACUUCGGAGAGUUGCCAUGUGUGUUCUGUCAUCACCACAUGGACGCCGCCAGCAUCUGGCUGUUAGCCAUGAAAAAGGCAAGAUUACAGUUUUGCAGCUUUCUGCAUUGUUAAAGCAGGCUGAUUCUAGUAAGAGAAAGCUGACCUUAACUCGUUUAGCAUCUGCUCCUGUACCCUUCACUGUUCUCAGCUUGACUGGAAAUCCUUGCAAGGAAGACUAUCUGGCUGUAUGUGGACUAAAGGAUUGCCAUGUUCUGACAUUUAGCAGUUCUGGUUCGGUCUCUGAUCACCUGGUUUUGCAUCCUCAACUGGCUACAGGAAACUUUAUCAUCAAAGCAGUGUGGCUUCCAGGAUCCCAGACUGAGCUGGCAAUAAUUACUGCUGAUUUUUUAAAGAUCUAUGACCUUUCAGUGGAUGCAUUAAGCCCGGUGUACUAUUUCCUCCUUCCAAGUUCUAAAAUAAGGGAUGCAGCAUUCCUCUGCAAUGAGGAGGGGAAGAACACUAUUGUUAUCAUGUCAUCAGCUGGAUAUAUCUACACACAGGUUAUGGAAGAGUCGAGCAGUGCACAGCAUGGCUCUUUCUAUGUCACCAAUGUUCUAGAAGUCAAUCAUGAAGACUUGAAGGAGAGCAAUGGACAUGUGGCUGGAGGUGGUGUAUCUGUUUACUACUCCCAUGUUCUGCAGAUGCUUUUCUUCAGCUACAGUCAGGGCAAGGCUUUUGCUGCUACUAUAAGCAGGGGUACCCUUGAGGUACUUCGUCUUUUCCCCAUCAACGUGAAGAGUACAAAUGGUGGCAGUAAAACACCUCCGGCCCUUUGUCAAUGGUCUGAAGUAAUGAAUCAUCCUGGCCUUGUCUGCUGUGUCCAGCAAACUACAGGGAUCCCAUUGGUGGUCAUGGUCAGACCAGAUACCUUCCUUAUCCAAGAGAUCAAAACUCUUCCAGCAAAGGCUAAGAUCCAGGACAUGGUGGCAAUUCGUCACACAGCAAGCAAUGAGCAACAACGGACAACUAUGAUCCUUUUGUGUGAGGAUGGAAGCCUGAGAAUUUAUAUGGCUAAUGUAGAGAACACCUCCUACUGGCUUCAGCCAUCUCUUCAACCUAGUAGUGUGAUCAGCAUUUUGAAACCUGUUCGAAAACGAAAAACUGUUAAUAAUGCAACUAGAGUGUCCAGUCAGGUGACUUUUCCAGUUGACUUUUUCGAGCACAACCAGCAACUGACAGAUGUGGAGUUUGGAGGGAAUGAUCUUCUUCAAGUUUAUAAUGCACAACAGAUAAAACACCGUCUUAAUUCAACUGGCAUGUAUGUUGCAAACACCAAGCCUGGUGGGUUUGCAGUAGAAGCCAUCAAUAAUAAUAGUUCUAUGGUAAUGACUGGCAUGCGUGUCCAAAUAGGUACACAGGCUAUUGAAAGAGCACCUUCAUACUUGGAAAUCUUUGGUCGCACCCUACAGCUGAACUCACGUGCUCGUUGGUUUGAUUUUCCUUUUACUCGAGAAGAAGCCUUGCAAGCUGAUAAGAAGUUAACCAUUUUUUUUGGUGCCUCCGUUGAUCCAGCUGGUGUUACAAUGGUUGAUGCUAUUAAAAUUUAUGGAAAGACAAAAGAGCAAUUUGGCUGGCCAGAUGAACCACCCGAGGAAUUUCCAUCUGCCGCUGUUAACAAUGUGUGCCCCCAGAAUCUAAACCAGACAAAUGGAACUGUGGAGACUGAUACAGCUGCACCUGUACCUACCAGUGGUAGUGUACUAGAGAGAUUGGUUGGAAGCUCAUUAGAAGCACUGGAAAGCUGCUUUGCAGUUGGUUCUGUAUCUGAAAAGGAAAAGAACAAGGGAGCUGCACUGGAACUGGCUACUAAGUUAUUGUCUAUGCCUACGCCAUCCACUGUACAGCAGCAAACAAAAGGCUUGCUUGCCAGUUUGCACACAAACCGCUCUGCUUACCAUACUCACAAGGACCAGGCCCUGCUUAGUAAUGCUGUGCAGUGCUUGGCCGUGUGCUCUCAGGAAGGGAAAGACCUUGACCCUGAAGUGUUCCAGAGGCUAGUGAUGACGGCUCGAUCUAUCGCAAUUAUGAGACCAAACAACUUGGUUCAUUUUACUGAAAGCAAAGCACCAACAACUGAAACGGGGAGUGAAGAAAGCAAAGAAGCCUCAAAGGUUACGAAUGGAGAAGGUCACUCUUUCAUCACUCAACUUGUGAGCCAUUUUUGGAGACUGCAUGCGUCAAAGCCAAAAAAUGCUUUCCUUGCUCCAGCUUGUUUGCCAGGGCUGACUCACAUAGAAGCAACAGUCAGUGCACUGGUGGACAUAAUACAUGGCUACUGUACAUGUGAACUGGAUUGGCUGAAUUCUGCAUCCAAAAUCUACAUGCAGAUGUUACUUUGUCCUGAUCCAGCAGUGAGCUUCUCCUGUAAGCAGGCAUUAAUCAGAGUGCUGCGACCCAGAAGUAAGCGCCGUCAUGUGACUCUACCUUCCUCACCUCGCAGCAACACACCUGUUGGAGACAAAGAUGACGAUGACGAUGAUGAUGCAGAUGAUAAAAUACAGCCUUCUAGAAUUUCAGAUGGUGAAAAUGUGCGCCAAGAAAGUCAGGAUCAAAGCGAAGUCGAUCAUGGAGACUUUGAGAUGGUGUCUGAAUCCAUGGUGCUAGAAUCAGCAGAGAAUGUAAAUAAUGGCAAUCCUUCUCCACUUGAGGCUUUGCUGGCUGGAGCUGAAGGUUUCCCACCUAUGCUUGACAUCCCACCAGACGCAGAUGAUGAAACCAUGGUGGAACUGGCCAUUGCCCUAAGCCUGCAGCAAGACCAGCAAGGGAGCAGUAGUAGCGCACUUGGUCUUCAGAGUCUAGGUCUUUCCGGGCAGGCACCAAGUUCCUCAUCUCUUGAUGCCGGAACUCUUUCUGACACUACAGCAUCAGCUCCAGUUUCAGAUGAUGAAGGCAGCACAGCUGCAACAGAUGGGUCCACAUUGCGUACAUCACCUGCAGACCAUGGAGGAAGUGUGGGCUCUGAGAGUGGAGGCAGUGCUAUUGAAUCUGUAGCUGGUGAACACAAUGUGUCUGGUCGAAGUAGUGCCUAUGGUGAUACAACAGCUGAAGGUCAUCCCACAGGACCAGGCAGCAUUGGUUCCAGCACUGGGGCCAUCAGCACAGCUACUGGUCAGCAAGAAGGUGAUGGAUCUGAGGGUGAAGGAGAAGCAGAGGGAGAUAUUCAUACUAGUAAUAGGCUCCACAUGAUUCGCUUGAUGCUUUUAGAGCGCCUGCUACAAAACAUGUCUCAACUCCAUAAUGUUGGAGGAGUGCGUGCAAUUCCAUAUAUGCAGGUGGUGUUGAUGCUUACAGCAGACCUAGAUGGAGAUGAAGAGAAGGACAAAGGGGCACUAGAUAAUUUGUUGUCACAACUGCUUACCGAAUUAAACAUUGACAAAAAGGAUAUUUCAAAGAAGAAUGAGCGAAGUCCUCUCAAUGAAGUACACUUGGUAAUUAUGAGGCUGUUAAGUGUAUUCAUGUCACGUACCAAGUCUGGAUCAAAAUCUACAUCUGAGUCUUCGUCUUUGAUCUCCAGCGCAACAGCAACAGCACUGUUGAGUUCAGGUGCUGUGGAUUACUGUUUGCAUGUGCUGAAGUCACUUCUAGAGUACUGGAAGAACCAGCAAAGUGAGGAGGAACCUGUGGCUAGCAGUCAGUUACUCAAACCCCACAGCUCUGCUUCACCACCUGACAUGAGUCCAUUCUUCCUCAGGCAAUAUGUAAAGGGACAUGCUGCAGAUGUAUUUGAAGCAUAUUCUCAGCUGUUAACUGAAAUGGUCCUUCGCUUGCCAUAUCAGAUCAAGAAGAUUGCUGAUUCUAAUUCACGAAUACCACCACCAGUCUUUGACCACUCAUGGUUUUACUACUUGUCUGAGUAUUUAAUGAUUCAGCAGACACCAUUUGUACGUCGACAAGUCCGCAAACUUUUACUCUUCAUUUGUGGCUCAAAAGAGAAGUACCGGCAGCUGCGUGAUCUUCACACCUUGGAUUCGCAUGUGAGAGGUAUCAAGAAACUCUUAGAAGAACAGGGAAUCUAUAUGCGUGCAGGAGUUGUUGUUGCCUCCUCUGGUUCUUCUCUUCAGUAUGACACGCUUAUCAACUUGAUGGAGCACUUAAAGGCUUGUGCAGAGAUUGCCACUCAGCGCACCAUUAAUUGGCAGAAAUUUUGCAUCAAGGAUGACUCGGUAUUGUAUUUCUUACUUCAAGUUAGUUUCCUGGUGGAAGAGGGAGUUUCUCCAGUUCUGUUGCAGUUGCUCUCUUGUGCCUUAUGUGGCAGCAAAGUCCUUACAGCAGCAUCUUCAGGCUUCAGCAGUACUUCCACUGGCUCAGCAACCACCACUGCAACCACUACUGGUCAGCCUGCUUCUCAGAGCAAGUCAUCUAGCAAAAAGAGCAAGAAAGAAGAAAAAGAGAGAGAGAAAGAAGGAGAUGGUGCUGGUGGCCAAGAGGAUCAGCUUUGCACAGCUCUUGUUAACCAGCUGAAUAAGUUUGCAGAUAAGGAAACUCUAAUACAGUUUCUUCGAUGCUUCCUUUUGGAGUCCAACUCAUCCUCUGUGCGUUGGCAGGCACACUGUUUAGCACUGCAGAUUUACAGGAGUUCAAACAAAUCCCAGCAGGAGCUGUUGCUUGACCUAAUGUGGUCUAUUUGGGCAGAGCUGCCAGCAUAUGGGCGGAAAGCAGCUCAAUUUGUAGAUCUUUUGGGGUACUUUUCUCUGAAAACUCCUCAGACUGAAAAGAAGCUGAAAGAGUAUUCCCAGAAAGCAGUGGAGAUUCUGCGGACACAAAACCACAAUCUUACCAGCCAUCCCAACUCUAAUAUUUACAAUACUUUGUCUGGCCUUGUCGAGUUCGAUGGUCAUUACCUAGAGAGUGAUCCUUGCCUUGUUUGUAACAAUCCAGAAGUGGCAUUUUCUAAUAUCAAACUUUCAUCAAUCAAGGUAGACACACGAUAUACUACUACACAGCAAGUUGUGAAACUCAUUGGCAGCCAUACUAUCAGCAAGGUGACAGUGAAGAUUGGUGACCUUAAGCGCACAAAGAUGGUGCGAACUAUUAACCUUUACUACAAUAACCGAACAGUGCAAGCUAUUGUAGAACUUAAGAACAAGCCAGCUCGUUGGCACAAAGCUAAAAAAGUACAGCUGACUCCAGGGCAGACAGAGGUGAAGAUAGACCUACCACUCCCAAUAGUGGCCUCAAACCUUAUGAUUGAGUUUGCAGAUUUCUAUGAGAAUUACCAGGCCUCUUCAGAGACUUUACAGUGCCCUCGUUGCAGUGCCUCUGUUCCAGCCAAUCCUGGCGUAUGUGGAAACUGUGGAGAGAAUGUUUAUCAGUGCCAUAAGUGCAGAUCAAUUAAUUAUGAUGAGAAAGACCCAUUUCUUUGCAAUGCCUGCGGGUUUUGCAAAUAUGCUCGCUUUGAUUUCAUGCUGUAUGCUAAGCCUUGUUGUGCAGUCGAUCCAAUAGAGAAUGAAGAAGACAGAAAGAAGGCUGUAACCAACAUUAAUACCCUCCUGGACAAGGCCGAUCGUGUGUAUCAUCAGCUGAUGGGACAUCGUCCUCAACUGGAGACGUUGCUUUGCAAAGUAAAUGAAGCUGCUCCUGAAAAACCACAGGAGGAUUCCAGUGGUGGAUCUGGUGUCAGCUCUACUUCAGCUAGUGUGCACCGGUACAUUCUUCAGUUGGCCCAAGUAUACUGUGGCGAUUGCAAAAACUCCUUUGAUGAGCUGUCAAAAAUCAUACAGAAAGUGUUUGCAUCUAGAAAGGAGUUAUUAGAAUAUGACCUUAAGCAGAGAGAAGCAGCUACCAAAUCCUCACGCACAACUGUACAGCCCACCUUUACUGCUAGUCAGUACAGAGCUCUUUCGGUUCUUGGCUGCGGACAUACGUCUUCCACCAAAUGUUAUGGGUGUGCAUCAGCAGUUACAGAACACUGUAUAACACUUCUUCGUGCCUUGGCCACAAACAGCACUAUCCGGCAGAUCCUUGUGUCACAAGGACUUAUUAGAGAACUUUUUGAGUACAAUCUGCGACGUGGCAGUGCAUCCAUGAGGGAGGAGGUUCGUCAGCUUAUGUGCCUUCUUACCAGAGACAACCAGGAGGCUACACAGCAAAUGAAUGAUCUUAUCAUUGCAAAAGUGUCAACUGCUCUUAAGGGCCACUGGGCCAAUCCUGAUUUGGCAAGCAGCCUUCAGUAUGAGAUGCUUCUGUUGACUGACUCUAUUUCUAAAGAGGAUAGCUGUUGGGAACUGAGGUUAAGAUGUGCCCUUGGCUUGUUUUUGAUGGCUGUAAAUAUCAAGACCCCUGUGGUAGUUGAGAAUGUCACCCUCAUGUGCCUGCGUAUUCUGCAAAAACUCAUCAAACCUCCAUCUCCUACUAGCAAGAAAAACAAGGACAUCCCUGUUGAAUCGCUUACAACUGUUAAGCCAUACAGCAAUGAGAUCCAUGCUCAAGCCCAACUUUGGCUCAAGAAAGAUCCCAAGGCUGCAUAUGAAAUCUGGAAAAAAUGUUUACCAGCUAGAGGAGUUGACAGCAGUGGCAAGGCACGCAGUAAAGAAGAGCUACGUAACCAAUAUCUGAUGGAGAAGUACAUGUGGAAGUGGAAGCAAUUUUUGAGCAAACGUGGAAAAAGGAGUCCUCCUCUGGAUCUCAAACUUGGUCAUAACAACUGGCUUAGACAGGUGCUGUUUACCCCAGCAACUCAAGCUGCAAGGCAGGCUGCCUGCACAAUUGUAGAAGCCCUUGCCACCAUCCCAAGUCGCAAACAGCAGGUCCUUGAUCUCCUCACAAGUUACUUGGAUGAGCUAAGUAUGGCAGGAGAGUGUGCAGCAGAAUAUCUUGCUUUAUAUCAAAAACUCAUCAAACCUGCUCACUGGAAGGUCUACCUUGCUGCACGUGGAGUUCUCCCGUAUAUUGGCAACCUCAUCACCAAGGAAAUCGCUCACCUUUUGGCUCUGGAGGAGGCCACAUUAAGCACAGACCUCCAGCAGGGAUAUGCACUGAAGAGUCUCACAGGCCUUCUUUCCUCUUUUGUUGAAGUAGAGUCAAUUAAGCGCCACUUUAAAAGUCGUCUGGUUGGCACUGUGCUAAAUGGCUACCUCUGCUUGAGGAAACUGGUUGUCCAGAGAACAAAGCUAAUUGAUGAAACCCAAGAUAUGUUGCUUGAAAUGCUUGAGGAUAUGACUACAGGGACAGAAUCAGAAACAAAGGCUUUUAUGUCUGUGUGCAUUGAAACUGCAAAAAGGUACAGUCUGGAUGACUAUAGAACCCCUGUCUUCAUCUUUGAGAGGCUUUGCAGUAUUAUUUAUCCUGAGGAGAAUGAAGUUACAGAAUACUUUGUGACACUGGAGAAGGAUCCACAACAGGAGGAUUUCUUACAGGGCCGAAUGCCAGGGAACCCAUACAGCAGUAAUGAACCUGGGAUUGGCCCCCUCAUGCGGGACAUCAAAAACAAAAUUUGCCAGGACUGUGAUCUAGUGGCCCUGCUGGAAGAUGACAGUGGCAUGGAGCUUUUGGUUAAUAACAAGAUCAUCAGUUUGGAUCUGCCUGUUGCUGAAGUUUACAAGAAGGUGUGGUGUCCAACCAAUGAGGGAGAACCAAUGCGCAUCAUUUAUCGUAUGAGAGGCCUUUUGGGUGAUGCCACUGAAGAAUUUAUAGAAUCUCUUGAUUCUACCACAGAAGAAGAGGAAGAUGAGGAGGAAGUAUAUAAAAUGGCCAGUGUGAUGGCUCAGUGUGGAGGACUUGACUGUAUGCUAACCAGGCUUACUGGAAUUCGAGACUUCAAGCAGGGCCGUCAUCUUCUAACUGUGUUGCUGAAACUCUUCAGUUACUGUGUGAAGGUGAAAGUGAACCGACAACAGUUAGUUAAACCCGAGAUGAACACCUUAAAUGUCAUGCUUGGAACCCUAAAUCUGGCACUACUUGCUGAACAAGAGAGCAAAGACAGCGGUGGAGCAGCAGUAGCUGAGCAGGUGCUUGGCAUCAUGGAGAUGAUCCUAGAUGAAGCUAAUGCUGAGCCCUUGACAGAGGACAGGGGUAAUCUCCUGUUGACUGGUGACAAAGAACAGCUCGUCAUGCUUUUGGACCAGAUCAACACCUCCUUUGUCCGCUCAAACCCCAGUGUUCUGCAGGGUCUGUUGCGCAUUAUCCCUUACCUUUCCUUUGGUGAGCUGGAGAAAAUGCAGAUCUUGGUCGACAGAUUUAAACCUUACUGUAAUUUUGACAAAUAUGAUGAAGACCACACAGCUGAUGACAAAGUUUAUCUUGACUGUUUCUGCAAAAUCGCAUCUGGGAUCAAAAACAACAGUAAUGGUCAUCAGUUGAAAGAUUUAAUCCUGCAAAAGGGUAUUACAGAGAGUGCUCUGGACUACAUGAAAGUGCAUCUUCCUAGUGCUCAAAAUCUUGAUGCAGAUGUGUGGAAGAAAUUCCUGUCACGGCCAGCUCUUCCUUUCAUUUUGAGACUGCUUCGAGGCUUGGCUACGCAGCAUCCUCCAACACAGCUUCUAAUUGGAAAGGACUCCAUUCCAAAUCUUCACAAGCUGGAACAGGUGUCAAGUGAUGAGGGCAUCGGAACGCUAGCUGAAAACCUUCUAGAGGCCUUGCGAGAACAUGCUGAAGUUAAUAAGAAAAUUGAUGCAGCCCGCAGAGAAACAAGAGCAGAAAAGAAACGGAUGGCCAUGGCAAUGAGACAAAAGGCAUUGGGAACAUUGGGAAUGACUACUAAUGAAAAAGGUCAGGUGGUAACCAAGACUUCACUGCUUAAGCAAAUGGAGGAGCUGAUUGAAGAACCAGGGCUGACGUGUUGUAUCUGCAGAGAAGGUUACAAAUUCCAGCCAACAAAAGUCUUAGGCAUUUAUACCUUUACCAAGAGGUGUCAUGUAGAAGAGUCUGAAAAUAAACCUCGGAAACAGCAGGGAUACAGCACAGUGUCUCAUUUCAACAUUGUCCAUUAUGAUUGUCAUCUUGCUGCUGUUAGGCUGGCCCGUGGUCGUGAAGAAUGGGAAAGUGCAGCUUUGCAAAAUGCCAGCACCAAAUGUAAUGGUUUGUUACCUGUGUGGGGACCACAUGUUCCAGAAUCUGCAUUUGCUACAUGCUUAGCUAGGCACAAUACAUAUUUGCAAGAGUGUACAGGCCAACGAGAGCCCACCUAUCAACUGAACUUACAUGAUCUGAAGCUGCUGUUUUUGCGUUUUGCCACAGAACAAUCCUUUAGUAUGGAGAGCGGAGGAGGAGGCAGAGAGAGCAACAUCCACUUGAUUCCAUACCUUAUCCACACAGUGCUUUAUGUUCUGAACACGACCCGAGCUACGUCACGUGAAGAGAAAAAUCUGCAGAGCUUCUUAGAGCAACCUAAAGAGAAAUGGAUAGAAAGUGCAUUUGAAGCUGAUGGGCCACACUACUAUACAGUAUUGGCAUUACACAUCUUACCCCCUGAGAAAUGGAAAGGCUGUCGUGUUGACAUUUUAAAAAGACUUUUAGUUGUUGCCCAUGCAAGAAAGGUGUCACCAACAGGUGCCAGCAGACUCACAGAUCGUACUGUGAAAGAAUAUGCAGUCAUUCGCCCUGCAUUGUUGUUUUGGGGCCUAGUAAAUCUUGUGUAUGGCAUGUUUAAGAAAGCACCUACCAGUAAUACCGAGGGAGGCUGGUCCUACUCUCUGGCAGAGUACAUACGAAAUAAUGACAUACCCAUAUAUGAGGCUGCAGACAAAGCCUUGAAAACUUUUCAAGAAGAGUUCAUGCCUGUGGAGUCAUUCUCCGAAUUCCUUGAUGUGGCUGGUUAG